AGCCCUGUUUGUAAACAUGGCUUAAUACGAGUUAUCUUUUCGCGAUCAACACGUUGAAAACCUUCCACUUAGUGCUGUCGACAUGAAGAGUCUGCUCCGCGCCGUGGCCUUGCUGGCCGUGUUGUCCGUGGGGUUGUUCCAGCGGAGACCUGUUGUGAACAGACGAUCAACCACAUCUGUGCUGUCUGUGACAAACGGACAGCGGUGGGGAACAUGGAUGUUGACCGGGAUGUGUCGUGACCAGUACUUUGCUAUUGGCUUCAGUACCAGGGUGGAGGCCAAACAGGGCGGAGGUGACAACACGGCCCUGAACGGCAUCCGCCUGAUCUGCGGCAAAGACGGGAAGCGGAGCUUAACUUACACUGUGGAGUCUCAUUCUGGCUUCUGGGGCGAAUGGUCCAACCCUCAGUACUGCCCCAGUGGCGUGCUCACCUCUUUCCAGCUCCGCGUGGAGGGCCAACAGGGCAGAGGUGACGACACCGCUGCCAACAACAUCAGGUUCCGCUGCAGCAGUGGCCACGUGCUGGAGGGCAGAGGCCUGGACUCGGGGGUGUACGGCGAAUGGAGCAAGAAUUGUGGCCAUGGAGUAAUCUGCGGCAUCCAGACCAAGAUGGAGGACCGACAGGGGAAAGGGGACGACACCGCCCUCAACGACGUGCGCUUCAUUUGCUGUGCCAGAGUCCAGAAGGUAAUUAAAUUAAAGCCCGGGAAGAGCUGAGAGACUCAAAGUAAUUACCUCUGCCAAUGUUAUAAAACUUGUAAAUGGAAUCGAGAUAAAAGCAAAGUUUGGUUUAACAGCUGAAGGACGUUUGUGACUUUAUUCAAAUGCUGUUUAUGUUUUGUUCAUAAUCCUGUGAUGCUGUUUCUGAAUUUGUGCUUUAUGUUUGUUUUAUCGACAGUGAUUGACAGGUUAGCAGCAUGGUCCGCCCCUCCUCCCUCACCCUGAAUUAAAAAAUGACAAAUAAUAAAGUGCUCAUUUGAAUCGC